AUGCUUCUUUUUGUUUUCUUUCCUUCUCUUAUUUUUUCUAUCUUUUCAUUUACUUUUCUUACCUUUUCUUUUUUUUCAUUUUUUCUUUUCUUAGUUUCCUUUUUCUAUAUUUUUUCUUGCAUUCCCUUCUCAUUCUAUUUUUUCUUUCCUUAUCUUUCUAUUACUUCAUUUUUUUCUUUGUUUUCUUGCCUUCGAUUUUUCUUGAUUUUCUAUUCUUUAAAUUACUCUCAUGAUUAUAUUGUGUUACUCAGCCCCAACCCUUUUCCCCUCCCCUCUCAUCAUUUUUCUUUUUUUUUUUUUUAUUUCUUUUCCCUUUAUCUUUUUCUUUUUUAUCUUCUUUUUACUUUUCUAUUUUGUCAUUCUCUUCUUCUUUUUCAUCCUUAUCUACUUUGGGUUUUUUUUAAUCCUUUUCCUCCUCUUCUUCAAUUUUAUCUUUUCUCCUUUAUCCUAUCAGCUACUUUUCCUUCUUUUUUCCUCAUCUUCUUUGUUUUUCUCUAUCAUUUUCUUCUUCGUUUUUCUCUUCCUUAUCUUCUUUUUACUCCUUUCUCCUUAUCUUCUUUUUACUCCUUUCUCCUUAUCUUCUUUUUACUCCUUUCUCCUUAUCUUCUUUUUACUCCUUUCUCCUUAUCUUCUUUUUUCUCCUUUCUCCUUAUCUUCUUUUUCCUUCUUUGUUUUUUCUUUACCCUUUUCUUCUUCUCUAUCUUUAUCUUCCUUAUCUUCUUUUUCUCCUUUCUCUUCUCUUUUUCUCCUUAUCUUCUUGUUUUCUCCUUUUUCCUUAUCUUCUUUUUAUCCUUCAUCUUCCAUUUCUUUUUUUCUCCUUUAUUAUCUGUAUCUUCUUUUUCCUCAUCCUUUUUCUUCUUCUUUAUCUUCCUUAUCUUCUUUUUUCCUUUUUUGUUUUUUCUUUCUUUUUCUCCUUCAUCUUUAUCUUUCUUUGUCCUCUUUUCCUCCUUUAUCCUUAUCUACUUCUUUUUUAUCCUUCAUCCUUAUCUCUUUCUUCUUCUUCCUUCUCUUUAUUAA